AUGGCUCAGUGUGAAACUCAUCCUGCUGUCCUAAUCGUGCUGUUGCUGCUUAGUCUGGCCGCAGUCCUGCUCCUCACUGUGCCAAGCGAAGAUAUUCCCAAGGCGCCCGGGUUCAUGUACGGGAUUGUUUUGGAUGCUGGAUCCUCACACACGUCCUUAUUUGUAUACAAGUGGCCCGCAGAUAAGCAAAAUGGCACCGGUGUGGUCACCCAACACAGUGAAUGUCACGCAAAGGGAGGUGGGAUAUCCAGCUAUGCAGGAAAACAGGGAGCAGCAGGGCAGAGCUUGGAGGAAUGUCUGGACCAGGCAGUGAAUGACGUUCCUGCCCACAGACACAGGGCCACACCUGUAUACCUGGGUGCCACAGCUGGCAUGAGGCUUUUGCAUAUUUCCAAUCCAGAGUAUUCUGAUCAAAUUUUGCAAGAAGUUGGCCGUAAAAUCCAGUCAUACCCUUUCAACUACCAAGGGGCCACCAUUUUGUCUGGUCAAGAGGAGGGGGCGUAUGGUUGGGUCACUGUAAACUACCUGUUAGAGAAUUUCAUCAAGUAUGGAUUUGUUGGGCGGUGGCUCAGCUCUGGCAGGCCAACAGUUGGGGCCCUCGAUUUUGGUGGUGCAUCCACCCAGAUAACAUUUGUGACUAAGGAGCAAGUGGAGGAUGAGAAGGACAUGAUGAAGCUACGCCUGUAUGGCCAAGAAUAUUCUUUGUACACGCACAGCUUCCUCUGCUACGGGCAGGAUCAAGUUCUUAAGAGACUGCUGGCUCACAUUGUCAAGUCUCAGGGAUAUUCCAUAUCAGUUACCCACCCAUGCCAUCCAAUUGACUCUUCAGUAAAAGUACAUCUGGAAAGUAUAUUCAACUCUCCAUGUACUGCGAAGUACAAACCAAGUGGCUACAAAGCACAGGACACUAUGCUAAUACUCGGUAGUGGACAUUAUGAGCAAUGUGUAGGCAAUGUGUCAGAGAUGUUCUCCUUCGACACAUGUCCAUUCUCUCACUGCUCCUUCGAUAAAGUGUUUCAGCCCAAUGUGACUGGUAGCUUCAUGGCAUUUUCAGCUUUCUUCUACAUUCACGCCUUCCUGCAGCGCAUUACUGGAAUCUCUGUUAGUACUCCCAUACAAAUGGAAGAAGCUGCUAAAUCAGUAUGCAAGAUGAGUUUUUCGCAGAUGCUGGCUCUUGCUCCAGAUCAAGCAUCUCGCCUGAGCGACUAUUGUGCUUCUUCUGUGUUUGUCAAGGUUCUUCUUCUCAACGGAUACAGCUUUGAUGAAAAUUCAUUCUCACGUAUUUCUUUUAAGAAGAAGGCUGGGGACACCUCAGUUGGAUGGGCUCUUGGCUACAUGUUGAGCCUGAGUAAUUUGCUCCCGGCAGAAAAAGUUAGAACGUGGAAGGCAUUAGCACCGGGCAUAUGGGAAAGCCUCACAAUUCUUUUUGUGAUGGUCUUGCUAACUUCUCUGGUCUUCAUUGCACUGCGAGCCUGGGAGUGGCAAAAGAGAAGACUCAAUGACAGAGCCAUCUAG